CCGGAGGGAACGGGAGACCCACGGUCAUUCGCCUGUGCUCGGCCGCUGCUUCGUGAGAGGCCGUGCCCCUGCUGGUGGCGGUAUCCGCUCCGCCUGUGUGCCCCCAGCGCCUUCUUCAGGUCGGCUCGGUCGCACUCUCUGCUACAGGGGAUGUCUCAGCCUUGGGCUGCCCGCACCGCCGUUCCCGCCUUCAGCAGAGCAGAGCUCCGCGCUCCUCCCCGGGGCGGAGCAGGCUCCUGACUCAGCAUUUAACACACGCCUGGGGGGCGGGGCGGGGAAUGACCGGGAAAGGCUGUCCUGCGCUCGUAGGGUGGCACCCGCGAAACCGGACGGGUCGGGAUUCAUGUGGGAGGCAGAGAGACUGCUGGUUGCAGUAACAUGGAGGAGGAUGUCACCUUGAAGUUUCGUCAGCAGCUUCUGCUUAUUGACCAAAAUCUGGUGGCUGAAGAUGUAGCAGCUUUAAAAUUUUUCUGUACUGACUUCUUGUCCUCCAGAAAGCUAGAAAGUGUCAAGUCAGCUCUGGACAUCUUUCAGUUUCUCAUGGCUGAAGAAUAUCUGAAUGAGGAAGAUAAUUUCCUACUAGCUGAACUCUUAUACAGAAUUAAAUGUCACUCAUUGCUCAAGAAACUUGGUUAUACCAAGGAGAAAGUAGAAGAAUGUCUACAUGAGAAAGGGAGAGUGUCUCCAUACAGGCAGAUGCUGUAUGAAUUGUCAGAGAACAUUACCAAUGAGAUGUUGAAGGAAAUUGUAUUCCUCCUGCAAAGUCAUCUUCCAAAGCGAUGGAUAAGUCUUUCUGCUCUGGAUAUGCUGAUUUUAUUGGAAAAACAAGGUCUUGUAUCUGAAAACAAUGUACAGGUGCUGGAGGACAUCUGUAUGGAAGUUUCACCUGAUCUUGUGAAAACAGUAAACUGCUACAGAAGGACAAACGUGUCCCUGCCUCAGGAGGAGAAUGUUUUUCCCAUCAAGGAAUCUUCACUGUCUCACAGUGGAAACAUCAAAGUGUUUGCUUCCCCACUGGAGACUUCAGUGAAACCUGUCAGUUCUUGUAUCAAUGAUAACAAAGAAGCUAAUGUUACACAAGCCUUCUCAGGAAUGAAGCUGGAGCUGCAUGGAGGAUUCAGCAGUGUAGAAAAUGAAUCCAAGAGGAUAUCAACCUACAAAAUGGAUGGACCACACAGAGGAUUUUGUCUUGUUAUUAAUAAUGUCAACUUCGAUGGGUCUCUUCAGGAGAGGAAGGGUUCUUGCAAAGAUGCUGAGGAACUGAAGCAAGUAUUCACAUGGCUUGGUCUGGAUGUAAGGACUUACAAAGAUCAGACAUCUCAGCAGAUUUUGAAUCUCAUGCAAAGUUGGCAGCACUUGCCAGAUCAUAAAGACGGAGACUGUUUCAUCUGCUGUAUUCUGUCUCAUGGAGAAUCAGGAGCGGUUUAUGGAACAGAUGAGAAACUUGUGUCAAUCCGCACAAUCAUGUCCUACUUCACUGCCAAACGAUGUCCACAACUGGCUGAAAAGCCUAAGCUCUUCUUUAUCCAAGCUUGCCAAGGUAAAGAGGUACAGUGUCCAGUCUAUGUUGAACCUGAUGCACGAGUUCCUGGCUUGUCUUCCGUGCAACGCAGCAUUUCUCCUUCUGAAAGUAUUCCUGAAGAGGCUGAUUUCCUCCUAGGCAUGGCCACUAUUGAUGGAUAUGUCUCCUUCCGGCACAUUCAACAGGGUGCUUGGUAUAUUCAGGCCCUGUGCAGCAAGCUACAGUUGUUAGUACCAAGGGGUGAAGACAUUUUGUCAAUUCUUACAGAAGUUAAUGAAGAUGUGGGUAGACGUGUUGACCGCCUGGGGACAAAGAAGCAGAUGCCUCAGCCAGCAUAUACCUUAAGAAGAAAAUUUAUAUUCCCAAUACCUAAAGACCCUCCUCCUUCACAGCAACAUGGAGGCUUUUAAUAAUGCACCCUUCUGUCAGUGUAUCUUGUUUAAAUGCAAUUCACCACACUACCUGUUUUAAGACAGUUACCCAGAAUCUUGAAAAACUGCUAUCUUCAGGGCAAAGCCUCACAAAUUUUCUCUCAAAUAAAAUGAAACUGGAGGAGACACAAUGAAAACAAUCCACGUGCCAGCUAUUUAUGUUCAGAGUUAUCAGAGUUGGAGAAACGUUCUUUUAUCAUAUUAAACAUUUUUGUACCUGCACAGACUGCAGAUACAAAGUCUUCUGACAGCGUAAGGGUUGCAGGUAGCCUACUGUAUCUAAACCAGGAUUGCUUAUGCUCUGGUCAUGGCUUAGUAUGUUUUGUUUUGCAGGCUAACAAUUUUAAAUCUUGCCUCUAAAUGCACUAGCUAGGUUUAUUCUGAAAAAAAAACAAAGGUGGAGAUGAAGAAGAGAAAAGUAGUAGGUGGGAAAGGAUUUCUUUCAUCUGUAAUUCAAAUUACAUUUAACUAAAUGGAGAGGCAGUUAAUUGUUGAAAUCAGUAAUUCAUUCCUCAAUGCACACUGACACCUUGUAGUGGCUAACAUAAACCACAUGUACAAGGAGAUCUUUCCAGAACUCAGUAAAGCGAAUAUGCUGCAUGUGAGAUUCUCUUUGUGAAACACUGUGAACUGUGAUUUCAGCAUCACUUCUGGGAAGAAAAAUCAGGGUAGAGGAUUUGCACGCUCUGAGAUAUAGCAUUCAGCAGUGUAUGUGCGUAGAUUUAUCAGAUUGAUUAACUUUGUUAAGCAUUAAAUUUUCUGAUUGUCAUUUCUUGUUUUAAGAUCUAAAAUGCACUGACAUAAGAAAGAGGUCUCCUUGUUUUGAGCUUCUGACAGAGUGUUUUAAGAGUUAACUGAAAUAAUGCCAUUUUAUUAUGACCUUUUGUUGUGUAUGUCUGUGUCUUUUCUAUUUGUUACUACAUUAAAUUCAUAUUACUUUUAAAAA